AUGGCAGUCCGAGGAGCGUUCCACCUUCUGCUCGUGUGCCUGAGCCCAGCACUGCUGUCUGCCGUGCGGAUCAACGGGGAUGGCCAGGAGAUCCUGUACCUGGCAGAAGGUGAUAAUGUGAGGCUGGGCUGCCCCUACAUCCUGGACCCUGAGGACUAUGGUCCCAAUGGGCUGGACAUCGAGUGGAUGCAGGUCAAUUCAGACCCCUCACACCGGGAGAAUGUGUUCCUUAGUUACCAGGACAAGAGGAUCAAUCAUGGCAACCUUCCCCACCUGCAGCAGAGGGUCCGCUUUGCAGCCUCAGACCCCAGCCAGUAUGACGCCUCCAUCAACCUCAUGAACCUGCAGGUGUCUGACACGGCCACCUACGAGUGUCGGGUGAAGAAGACCACCAUGGCCAGCCGGAAGGUCAUCGUCACUGUCCAAGCGCGGCCCGCGGUGCCCCUGUGCUGGUCUGAGGGCCACAUGACCCACGGCAACGACGUGGUGCUCAAGUGCUUUGCCAACGGAGGCACCCCGCCCCUCUCCUACAAGUGGGCCAAGAUCAGCGGGCACACCCACCCCUACCGCGCCGGUUCCUACCACUCGCAGCACAACUUCCACUCGGAGCUCUCCUACCAGGAGUCCUUCCACAGCUCCCUGAACCAAGGCCUGAACAACGGCGACCUGGUGCUGAAGGACAUCUCCCGGGAGGAUGACGGGCUCUAUCAGUGCACGGUGGCCAACCACGUGGGCUACAGUGUGUGCGUGGUGGAGGUGAAGGUCUCAGACUCCCGGCGCAUAGGCAUGAUCAUAGGCGCAGUGCUGGGCUCCCUGCUCAUGCUGGGCUGUCUGCUGGUGGGCAUCUGGGGGCUCGUCUGCUGCUGCUGCGGGGGCGCCGGGGCCGGCGGCUCCCGCGGUGCCUUCGGCUACGGCAACGGCGGCGGGGUCGGCGGAGGGGCCUGCGGCGACUUGGCUAGUGAGAUCAGAGAGGACGCCGAGGCGCCCGGGUGCAAGGCCGGCGGGCGCGGCCGCAGCGUCACCCACCUGCUGGGGUACCCGACGCAGACCGUCAGCCGCUCCCUGCGCCGCAAGUACGCGCCCCCGCCCUGCGGCGGCCCCGAGGACGUGGCCCUGGCGCCCUGCGCCGCCUCCGCCGCCGCCGCCGCCGCCUGCGAAGCGGGCCCCUCCCCGGUCUACGUCAAGGUCAAGAGCGCGGAGCCCGCCGACUGCGCCGAGGGGCCGCGGGAGCGCACCGACGGCCUCCUGGUGUGA